AUGUCGGGCCAAGAAGCGCAGGCGUUACAGGAGCUAAACUUGAGCAGAGAAACGUGGUGUCAGGUGGAGGGAAGUGCGCGUCAGUCCUGGGACCGGGCCCAGAGGAAACACUACCGGAGGCACUUGAAAACCAGCUCCAGUCUAGACCGGGCUCUGACGGGACAGAACCAAAGCAUCACCUCUCGCCUGGACCACCCUGCGCCUGGCCCACUGGCCCAAAGACGACACUAUGAGGAAAGCUAUCAGUCCCAUCUGGUGUAG